AUGGAGGAGGACUCCGCCCUGUUCAUGCAGUGGGCGAUGACUACGCUGCAGCAUGAUGAGCCCAUCGACGACGGCCGCGGCGGAGCUACCUUCCCCUCGCUCCAAGCACUCCGCGAGGCCUCACAAGCUGCAGAAAUGAUCCAGGAGCUGAUCGGGGAACCUCACGCGGCAAACAGCGGCCGCUGCUCCGGCGGCGACGGGGACACCAACACCACCGAUGGUGGCACCGCAGGCAAUAUCUCAGGAACCGCGCCAAGAAGAAGCAGCAGCGGUAGUGCCACUGCCACCACGCAGCCCGUGAGCUGGAAUUUUGGCGCCGCCCUGGCACCGCCGGCUGGCCGCGACGGCGGCGUGCCUGAGGCCGCUGCCACGGGCAGCCUGCUGCCAGAUCUGGUGUACGGGUCGUCACCGGCGACGACGAGGGCCGUCGUCUUGAAGAGCGUGGGGUCCAUCUAUGCGAAUGACCACAUCAUCGCGGAGAGGAAGCGGCGGGAGAAGAUCAACCAGCGCUUCAUCGAGCUCUCCACCGUCAUCCCCGGCCUCAAGAAGAUGGACAAGGCUACGAUCCUUUCUGACGCGACGAGAUACGUGAAGGAGCUGCAAGAAAAGCUCAAGUCGCUUGAAGACGGCGGCGGCAGUGGCAGUAACGACCGGAGCAUCAUCGAUUCCUGGGUGCUCGUCAAGAAACAGUGCAUCGCAGUGCCUGACGAGGAUGCUGCUGGCUCCUCCCCAUCGUGGGACUCGUCGGGGACGUCGCCGGCGAGGAAUCCGCUGCCGGAGAUAGAAGCCCGAUUCAUGAACAAGAACGUGAUGGUGAGGAUCCACUGCGUGGAUGGCAAGGGAGUGGCCGUGAGGGUGCUGGCCGAGUUGGAGGAGCUCCACCUCAGCAUCAUCCACGCCAAUGUCAUGCCAUUCCAGGCUUGCACUUUGAUCAUAACCAUCACAGCGAAGGCAAGUUUUUUUUUUCAUUUUCCAUAA